GAGUGCUAAUCAAGAUUUAGUCUGUUUUCCAUUUAGUAAAGAUGGCAAGUUAGUCCAUUGAUGCUGUUAUGUCUAUCCAUAUGCCUGAGACUGAGGGGUAACAGGGACACCCAGACCUUCUUCUCCCCCAUCAACAUUUUCCAGCUCCUGGAGGAUGCAGGGCAUUCCCAGGCCAGUGAAUUCUUGGUAUGCCUUGCAGUCAAGUUUAAGUGGGCUGUGCUGGGAUCACCUCCACAUGUUGGCAAUCCACGGGGCCUUCUGAUCAGAAAGGUUUAUGGUUUUCCAAGCCCCUCUGAGAUGAUGGAGCUCAUCAACAUGUCUCCAUGGCAACACCCAGCCACCUAAGGAUGGAGCUUAUUUCAACCCUUUGUGACAGACAUCGGUGUGCAACAAGAUCAUGGAGCUGCUGGGCCAGAAUGAGAUCGACCACCACCAGCGCCAAGUGGUCAUCCUCAGCCAGGACAGCUUCUACAAGGUCCUGACCCCAGAGCAGAAGGCCAAGGCCCUCAAGGGUCAGUUCAACUUUGACCACCCAGAUGCAUUUGACAGUGCCCUUAUAAUCGCCACCCUGUGGGACAUCAAGGAGGGAAAAACAGUCCACAUCCCUGUUUAUGACUUUGUCUCCCAUUCCAGGAAGGAGGAGACGGUGACCGUGUACCCAGCCGAUGUGGUGCUGUUUGAAGGCAUCCUGAUGUUCUACUCUCAGGACAUUCGAGACCUUUUCCAAAUGAAACUGUUUGUGGAUACAGACGCAGACACACGACUGUCACGCAGAGUGCUGCGGGACAUAAGUGAGCGCGGCCGGGACCUGGAGAGCAUUCUAGCCCAGUACAUCAACUUUGUGAAGCCUGCGUUUGAGGAGUUCUGCUUGCCAACCAAGAAGUAUGCAGACGUGAUAAUACCAAGAGGAGUUGAUAACACCGUGGCCAUAAACCUGAUCGUGCAGCACAUCCAGGACAUCAUGGACGGCGGCCUGACCAAACGGCUCAACGGUUGGGUCAGCGGAUAUGGAUUCAUGAAGCGCCAGCCCGACGUGGAGGCAAGCAGUCGGCCCCACUGACCUGAAGGGGUUGUUGGCCUCAUGGCGCUCUUCUUCCACGCUGGUGGGCAGCGGGAGGGUCAGCAGCUAGAAACUGUGAAAGUCUUCCAGCAGUCUGAUUCAGACUGAAGACAUUUGUGAAAGCGGCAAACUUGAUUUUAGCUUUUCUUUUCACACUUACUUUCCUGCUUCAGCCUGUGGCCCUGAUAAACCAUGGUGGAGGAUCACACAUGCGCUGACUUUGUUUGAUUUGGAGCCAAAUCUGCAGAAACCAGCCACUCCUCCUCUGUGCAACAAGGAUUUUUGUUUAACCCCUUCUGGGAAGCAAACCUUCUAAUAUGUCCGUUAAAGUUAAAAUAAGUUGGUAUUACUGCUGUUGUUGCACUGUUGGCCUAAGCUGUCUGUUCUGCUUAAAUCAGUUUUGUGACAAGCUAGAAGAACAGAUUCCUCCUCAGGUGCUCUGCUUUAAAUGGAGCCAUUGUUUAUUAAAUGCAUGUUUUUGUCCUCACUUUAUGGACCAGCUGCAGAUGUGGGUUCUGGACUCAUCCACUAAAUGUUACAGAGCAGCUAACUCUGUUAUUUUUGCUUUGCUCUCAUGUUCUAAUGGAAUCAGAGGCUUUCUUUAAAAUGAAAAGGCACACCAACAUGUACUAUGAGCAUAUUCAAUGUCUUAAGUUAAAAAGGUGCUGUAAAUUUUCUUUUGUACUAUUUUUGUAUAGAAUUAUUUGGUACUCUGUUGUCCUGUCUUCUCCUGGCUAAUUUGUGUGAUUUAGUGUUGAACUGAGAGUAAAAUAUCACCUUUUGUAAACUCUCACCUUUUUACGAACACACAGUACCGUCUGACUCACUCUGGCUGAUCUAAAGAGGUUGAAAAGUAAAAUCUAUUUUCUCCAGA